GCCCGCACGCGCCAAUUUGCAAGCUGUCGAAGGAGCGGCUCGCAGCCCUCGAGAAGCUGGCAUAGCCCGGGCGAGCCGCGGUGCUUGAAAAGUACAAGCUCUCCAUGGGGUCAGAGCCGUUCGUGAUGUUUGAAGAAGGCCAACCCUUGGCCACGGCUGCAGCGUAUUCGAAAGCGUGGGACGGGUUGGCCGAGUACUGCCUGCUCCGCGGCGACUACGAGUCACUCGUCUUUCUCGACGACUGUGUGCCCCAAAACAUGCCGUCGAUGGAUGCGGCGACUGUCGCAGAGUACAUAGCUUACAAGACGCAGCCACAUGGAUCGCCUUUCCUGGACGACCACGGCCGGCCCAUCCUAGGCGCCGACCAAAAGCCGCUUGUUGCCGGCGGUGGCUGGACCGACCCAGGAAACAUCGACCAGCUCUUGUCUGCUAUCACCUACCGGCACAAGCAACUCUCGCAAGAUGGCGAAUACGUGGAUCUCUGUGACCUGUGUUUGCAGCUCGUCACUGCGUACAAGAGGAAGACGGAAACGCGCGAAUAUAGCCCGCAAGGGGACUCUGCGCUUACCCCGAUGGAGUUGUGCAAAAUCCAUGCGCACUUGUUCUCGUUUGAGAAGGCGGGCGGCGUCGAGCAGUUCCAGUUGUGGACGAUGCUUCUGCUGGGAGUCUCUCAGUUUUUGCGAUCCCAGGAGCUCUGCACCCUUACGAUCGACUCUUUUGUGCCGUCGCUGUCCAAGGUGACACCGCAAGGGACAGUGCUUUAUACGGCCAUCCACAUUCGCGGCAAGACGAACGACUUCACGCAAAUGGUGUGGCGCAACGACAAGAUGCCUCAAUUGUGUCCUCUGCGCCACCUCCUUGCAUGGAUCUCGCUUACGGGCAUCAAAGAAGGCCACGUGUUUCGAUCGGCGCAAGGCGUCGAUGCGCCGAUGCCCUAUACAACGUUCAAUAAGAGGAUCAAGAAGGUAUGUCGCGAGGUCUGUCGUCAUGACGGGCCAUGGGGCACGCACACCAUGCUCAAGUCGGCUUACUUUAUGGCCGUGGCGCGCGGAGGCGACGUCAAGACCAUUAUGGACUCGGCGAGGCACAAGACGUUCGACAGCGCCCAGCGCUUCUACCAAGAUGCCAAGACUGUGCUAGCGAUCGCCCGUCUAGACCCCGAGUCCAUGAAGGUCAUCAGCGCCUUGCCCAAGUGGACUGCCAUCCACAUCGUCAACCACAACACAAGCAUCGCGAUCGCCAACAACCAGUACGCGGCCACCGACUUGCCGAUCUGCGACCUGGCCGAUUGUUUUGUCCGAAGCUUUGGUGACGGUCAUCAGGUGACGGAGAUACGUCGUCGACUGAAGCCCCUCGAUCUUGCUCGGGCCAUCCUCAAGUCGGCGCCGCCGGAAGACGACGACGUCGUCGAUAUGCAGCUCGACUCUGCAAUCGACAAGAUCUCGGACCCAAAAGCGCGUGAACGCAUGCGCAAGCUCGUCGCUCUCAAGUGCGCGCAGCUUCUGGCGAGCACGACGUCGACAUGCCCGAUCCCGAAGCAGAGGAGCCACGUCAAGGUCCAGGGCGUGUGCUCCCCGAGGCAUCGUUGGGGCAAGUCGAGCAGCUAG